AUGGCUGUCGCUGAAAUAUUUCUCGCCGCAUUCAUCACAGUUCUAUUCGAGAAGCUCGGCUCUGCGGACUUGAUCAAGCUAGCUCGGUCGGAGGGACUUAUCUCUCAGCUGAACAAAUGGAACAACACCCUGCUCCAGAUCCAAGCCGUGCUUGCUGAUGCAGCCCAAAAGCACAUCACAGAUAGAGCUGUUCAAUUAUGGGUCAACAAACUCCAGGAUUUGGCUUACGACAUAGACGAUGUACUCGAUGAUUUGGCCACCGAAGCUAUGCGACGCAAGUUGAAUCAAGAAUCAAACGCCGGCACCAUGACUAGUAAGAUGAGUUCUAAGCUGGAUGAGAUUACCUCCAAAUUGAAUGAUAUUGUAGACCAGAAAAAUCAUUUGGGCUUGAAUAUGAAUGUUAAUGUGAAUGUUGAAAGGUCACAUAUAACAGAGAAAUCGUCCGAGCAAACUUCACUGGUGGAUGAGUCCAAAAUCAUGGGUAGGGAAGGUGAUAAAGAGGCAUUGCUCGGAAAGUUGUUGGGAAAUGAAUCAUGUGACCAAAAUGUCAGCAUUGUGUCGAUAAUUGGUAUGGGUGGGAUUGGCAAAACCACUCUUGCUAAAAUUAUAUACAACGAGGAGAAAGUGAAGGAUCAUUUUGCACUUAGGACAUGGGUUUGUGUUUCCCAAGAGUUUGAUGUUUUUAAUAUUAGCAAGACUAUUUUUCAAGCUGUAAAUGGUAAAAACGAAGAGUUUGCUGAUCUAAAUUUGCUUCAUGAGGCCCUUAAAGAAAAACUUUUAAAUAAAAGGUUCCUACUUGUUAUAGAUGAUGUGUGGAAUGAAGACCAAAGUAAGUGGGAACUCCUGCAAUGCGCUCUUGUUGGGGCACCUGGAAGUAAAAUCAUGGUUACUACUCGGAAUACAAAGGUGGCAUCACUCAUGGACACUGAUGUAGCUUAUCAUCUUGAGGUUUUGUCAACUGAAGAUGCGUUGUCUUUGUUUGCUCAACAUGCGCUUGGUGAAAAGAGCUUUGAGAAUCAUCCAACACUUAAAUUACAUGGAGAAGGCAUUGUGAAGAAAUGUGGUAGAUUGCCUUUGGCUUUGAAAACUCUUGGGAGGGUUUUGAAGACAAAUAGAAGUGGUGAUGAAUGGGAGAAUUUGUUGAAUAGUGAGAUAUGGGAUAUACAAGAUGGAAGAGGGAUUUUUCCAGCUCUAAGACUAAGCUACUAUCAUCUACCUCCACAUUUGAAGCAGUUAUUUGCAUACUGCUCCUUAUUUCCAAAAGAUUAUGUGUUUGACAAGAACAGAUUAGUCCUAAUGUGGAUGGCAGAAGGAUUUUUAUCCCAAUCAAAAGGUAACAUGUCAAUGGAGGGUUUAGGUCAUGAGUAUUUUGAAGAGCUAAAGUCAAGGUCGUUUUUUCAACAUUCAACGAUUGACGAAUUAGGAUUUACAAUGCAUGACCUGAUAAAUGACUUGGCCACAAGUGUUGCAGGAGAGUUUUUCUUUAGAUUGGAUGAUAAGAUGGAUGCAUACGAAAAGCAUGAAACUUUUGAGAAAUUUCGACACUUUUCACUUAUAGGUCCAAGAUCCGGAUCAUAUAAAAAGCUCAAGGAAUUAAAAAGAGCUCGACGCCUACGCACUUUCUCACUAUUAUCAUUUCGUUGGCAAAGUUACCACUUAUUAGACAGUAUUCUUGUCAAAUUACUUCCUGAACUACAGUUCUUAAGGGUACUAAGCUUAUCAACUCAAAUCAUCACACAGGUACCACAAUCUAUUGGUGGUCUCAAGCAUCUUCGGUACCUCAAUUUUUCUUAUACAUCAAUUACAUGUUUACCAGAUCAAGUGAGUGACCUUUAUAAUCUACAGAGCUUGUUGCUUCAUGAUUGUUAUGAGUUAUCUAUCUUACCAAAAAGUUUUCAAAAGUUAAUAAACCUACGACAUCUUGACAUAAGUCGUACUCCAAAAGUGAAAAAGAUGCCGUUGGGGAUUGGUGGGUUGAAGAGUCUUCAAACUCUAUCAAAGGUAGUUAUUUCAGCGACUAAUGGAUUCAAAAUAUAUGAGCUUAAGGGCCUAUCGGAUCUUCACGGUCGACUUUCCAUUAUGGGGCUAGAGAAAGUGAUUAAUCCAAUUCAAGCAAAGGAUGCCAACUUACAUCAGAAGAUAGGUCUUGAUGUUUUGGAGAUGGAAUGGAGUGACGUGUUUGAUAAUUCUCGGAAUGAGAUGAUUGAAUAUGAAGUACUUAAAGGUCUAGUUCCUCAUCAUAAGGUUAGAAACCUGAAAAUAUUGUUCUACAAAGGAACAAGAUUCCCUAGUUGGGUUGGUGAUCCCUCGUUUGAUCGGUUAACAGAGAUUACAUUACGUGGUUGUAGAACUACACAUUUACCAACACUUGGACAUCUACAUUCCCUUGGGAAAUUGUUUAUUGAAAGAAUGCAUGAAGUUAAAACUGUGGGUAUGGAGUUACUUUCACCUAAAACUUCUUUCCUUGGUGUUGCAUUUCCUUCACUUGAAGUAUUGAAAUUUGACGAUAUGCAAGGUUGGCAUAGUUGGUCAACAAAUGGGGGUGAAAGCAAUGGAAUUAGUAGAUCAUUUCCUCGUCUUGUUGAGAUUUCUAUUAUCCGUUGUCCAAAACUAGCUCAAGUGUCAAUUGGAAUGAUACCAUCACUUACAAUUUUACAUAUAGAAGAAUGCUCUGAGACUGUAUUAAGAAGCAUGGUUGGUGUCUCUUCAUCAGUUGUUGAGAGGUUGAUGAUCAAUGGUUGUGACACAGUGGAGAGUUACAACUGCCCUAUCAAUGUUGAGAGGUUGGUGAUAAGUUGUUGUGAUUCGGUGACUUCCUUAACCUUUUCACAAGUGCAAGAGCUUCCUUCAUCUCUCCCCGAAACAGUAACCAGUAAUGGUGAUAACAUUGAACCCAUUCCAAAGAAUGGUUUGGGUUUUCUUCCUGUGUUUUGCCUAAGAGCUCUUCAAAUCAAUAAUUGCAAGAAUCUGAAGUCAUUUCCUCAUGAGCAUUUGCAAAGUUUCACGUCUUUGGAACAACUGUGGAUAUAUGAUUGUCCAAGUAUGGAGUAUUCCUUUCCUUGUGGGGUGUGGCCACCUAAUUUAAGUACCCUAGGUAUAGGAUCCUUAAAUAAGCCCAUGUCUCAGUGGGGUCCUCAAAAAUUUCCAACAUCAUUAGUUGAACUAGUGUUAUAUGGCCAAAAUUCAGGAGUGGUUUCAUUUACAGUGGCAGAAGAUAUAAGGAAAAGUACUACUACUUCAUCAUCUUUUGAACUUCCACAAUCUUUAACUUUUCUAACACUAGUUGAUUUUAUGGAUGUGGAAUCGCUUUCAGAGGUCUUACAAGACCUCACAUGCCUUAAACGUCUUGAUAUUUGUUCUAAAAAAAAAAAAAAAGAAUUAUCAAAGCACAAUCAAGGUGGUAGAAGGGUGAUUGAUAGCUUUCAAGGUCAGUGA